CAGAUACACAACGCUGCUGGAAUUGGGAGAUAAGCUGGGAUACAGUAUCUGUGAUCCUCUCACAAUGAAAAUAGAUAUUCACUGUCAUAUUCUUCCCAAAGAAUGGCCUGACCUCAAACAGAAAUAUGGAUAUGACGGCUGGAUUCAGAUGCAGCAUGUCUGCAAGGGAGAGGGAAAAAUGAUGAAAGAUGGAAGUGUUUUUCGUGUUGUUCAGUCCAACUGCUGGGAUCCUGAAGUCCGAUUAAAAGAGAUGGAUCAGUCAGGUGUAACCGUACAAGUUCUUUCCACUGUUCCUGUAAUGUUCAGUUACUGGGCCAAGCCCCAAGACACACUGGACCUUUCCCGCUUCCUCAAUGAUGACCUAGCAGCCUUGGUGAGGAGGUAUCCAAAGAGAUUUGUUGGGCUGGGAACACUCCCCAUGCAGUGUCCAGAGCUGGCAGUACAAGAGAUGAAACGCUGUGUGAAAGAACUUGAGUUCCCAGGGGUACAGAUUGGCACUCAUAUUAACCAGUGGGACCUCAAUUCACCAGAACUCUACCCAGUUUAUGCAGCAGCAGAGGAAUUAAACUGUGCUAUUUUUGUGCACCCCUGGGACAUGCCCAUGGACAGAAGGAUGUCAAAAUACUGGCUGCCCUGGCUGGUGGGUAUGCCAGCGGAGACGACUGCUGCCAUAUGCUGUAUGAUUAUGGGUGGCAUAUUCGAAAAGUUCCCAAAAGUGAGAGUAUGCUUUGCCCAUGGAGGAGGAGCCUUCCCUUUCACAGUCGGCCGCAUUAAUCAUGGUUUCAAUGUGCGUCCUGAUCUAUGUGCUGUUGACAAUACAGAGGCACCACAAAAAUACCUGGGCUCAUUCUACACAGAUUCCCUGGUUCAUGACCCCCGAGCCUUAAAGCUUCUUGUAGACGUAAUAGGCCAGGACAAAGUUCUUUUGGGGACUGAUUAUCCAUUCCCACUUGGAGAGCACAUCCCAGGACUCCUUAUUGAAUCAAUGGAAGAUUUUGACAAAAAAUUAAAAGACAAGUUACUGGCUGUAAAUGCGUUGGAUUUUCUUGGGCUUGACAGAAGAAACUUUGAAUGAUUACAGAAUUUCAUAAACACUAUAUUUGUAUCCCGUAGUUUGCACCUACUUCUACAUAUAUGAUAAAUACUGUUAGUUUAUUAAA